AAAGAUGAUGUUUGUUAGACAACAGUAUGAAAUGUUCCUCCUGAACCAAAUGAGCAGCUGCCCUGUUUUUAUUUGGUCUUGGUUUGAUGAUAUGACAACCGGCUACGUUUGAUAGCAGAGAAACCGCGUUCCAGCUGUCCUUGUGUGCAGGUCAGGUUGUCAGUCAGAGGAAGCCCUAAACUCAGAUGGGUCAGGCACUGUGGAGGCUGCCUCCCAGACAACAGCAGCAGCUUCAGGAAGAGCUUGCCGACCGACUGGCUGACCAAGCGGGAGGUCGAGAGCAAGGGAGGGAUGGAUGUCCCCAGAGAAGAGCUCCUCAGCACUGUUACGGCCCCGACAUCUACCAUCUACUCAGAACACGCAUGGGAGGUAAAGAACAUCAUGGUUUUAUAGAUUUGGAGAUGUUGCCACCUGAAUUAGGCAUCACCAUAUUGUCUUAUCUGAAUGCUACUGAUCUGUGCCUGGCCGGCUGUGUGUGGCAGGACCUGGGAAAUGACGAAUACUUAUGGCAGGGGCUGUGUAAGUCCACAUGGGGACACUGCUCCAUCUACAACAGAAGACUUCCUGCUGGUUUCUCAUAUAGAAGACUAUACCUACAACUAGAUGAAGGCAGCCUGACAUUCAAUGCUAACCCACAGGAGGGCAUCAGCUAUUUCAUGUCUAAAGGUAUACUAGUGGAUCAUCCGACCGAGCUGGCUAAGUUCAUCUUUUACACCAGACGGCUCAACUGGAAAAUGCUGAGGAUUUACCUGGAUGAGAGGCGGGAUGUCCUGGAUGAGUUGGUGACCCUCCAUAACUUCAGUAACCAGUUCCUCCCCAAUGCUCUACGGGAUUUCUUCAGACACAUCCACGCGCCCGAGGAGAGAGGAGAGUAUCUGGAAACCCUCAUCACCAAGUUCAGCCACAGGUUUUGUGCCUGUAACCCUGGUCUUGUCCGAGAGCUCGGCCUCAGUCCUGACGCUGUGUAUGUGCUGUGCUACAGUCUGAUCCUGCUGUCCAUCGAUCUGACCAGCCCCCACGUCAAAAACAAAAUGUCCAAGAGGGAGUUUAUCAGGAACACUCGCCGAGCAGCACAUAAUGUCUCGGAUGACUUCGUAGGCCACCUCUAUGACAACAUAUACCUGAUUGGCCACGUGGCCGCGUAGCUUUACCUACCAGCUGUCCAGCAGAAAUCCUCAUACUGCACUGAAGAAUACGAGUUGGUGAUUGACACAUACAUGACAGUAAAGUAUGGAACACUGUAUUAUUAGAUUUUAGAUCAAAGGUGUGAAACACCUGAACUGUCUUUAAAACCAGGUCACUGCAAAGAAGGAGGUUUUAAAGUUGAACCAUGAAGACGAGCUCUGAUACUGCACUGACGGAUGGAAACUACUGAUUGGUGGAGGAGGAGCACCACUGCCCUCAGCCUGUCACAGAUGCCGGGACAGUCAUGCUGAUUUCCUAUUGGACAGGAUUUGCCUCACAUUCCCCAGUAGGACAAACAGCUCCAUUCUUGUAGGAAGCGACACGGGACGUUAGACGUGGCUCAAGGCUAGCACAAGAUCACUCACCAUUGUUGCUUGUAGAAUUAGUGUUACUAAUGACGAAGGUACGUCAGUUGACCUUGAUACACUGUCCAGGGGUAACAACCAGAAUGUCCAAGUGUCAAGAUUCAACUAAGCCUGGUUUUCUCUGGCACAUACUAGUUUAUUUAUUGUUUCAUUUUAUGAGUAAGACGAACAAGACGACAACACAUUGGGCCUCGUGUGUGAACAUUUUCGUAUUCUUAUCUCCUACUUUUUUCAUUGAGGUGUGCUUGUAUGAGUGUUCCAAGUCAGAGUCACUAAGCUCGAUCAACUGCACCUAACAAACGUAACGUAAAUCGCUCGCUUCAGCUUCAUGAAUGUCACCUGUUCGUGAUGCGCUUGUGAGAUUUGAUCAUUUGACAGAAAUAAAGAGGGAAUAGUUUGACAUAAAGUUAGGCCCAUGACUAAGACGAGAGAAUACGUGAGAAUAUUACAGCCUCCCUGCAACCGAGAAUGAUACUGGACAGUGACCUGCAUAAAUUUUCAAAUGCAGAGGUUCCUGUGCCAAAAUGUGCCAAUAAAAAGUACAAAAUCUAAAACACCUUUCAGUAAAUUGGCAAGUCAUGUGAGAAUAUGGUGGAUAACAAAAUAUUAUUCUUGCGUUACAUUUGUUUUAGUUGUGUAUUUUAUUUUAGUUCUUUUCUGUCUCAUCGUUGAACCCCAGAUUGAUUGAGAUUAUUGCAUCAUAAUUCUGAAAGUGAAAGUGUUUUUGUCGCCCAGUGGAGAAGGUCAGACAUGACUUGUCCGACAGGUCUGGAGCGAUUGUGAAGUUAAUUUGUAUCUAAGAGAAAGUUCUAGAGACUGGUGAACACCACAAAUGUGAAAUUAUUUAAAGGUCCCAUGUUAUACUCAUUUUCAGGUUCAUACUUUUAUUUUGGAUGUGUCUUCCGGCUGCUCUGCCUCAACUUUCAGUGAUUUACGGAGAUCCUGAUGGACAGAUAGCUUUACUUGUUGUUAGCAGUUACUUUAGCUACUGACUACUGCUAAUGGUGGCUAGUUAGCUCAGUUAGCCAUGCAGCUAUCCAUCCUAUUAACUUACUCUGCGCGGACUGGAAGCUUGGCGCUCCGGGGGUAUGUUGGUGUUUACACCUCUGUUAGUACGGGAGCUUUUUACUGCUGGGUGCGCCCAGUUCAGGCAGAGUCAGCUGAUAAUGGCAGCUACAGUUAGCAGUAGCUAACAGCUACUGUAGCGAUAGCAACAAGUAAAGCUGUCUGUCCAUCAGGAAAUUCCUUAAAAAACAGAGAGUUGAGGCUGGAGAAGGUCCGAUGCUAUUCAGAUCUGUUCAUGACAUCGUUAAGGGAACCAAAAUGAAACCGCAUGUUGGCGCACACAUUUACUGAAAGACUGAGCAGGAGUAAAGGAGAGGAUUUUGUUUUAAUUCAGCUGAAAAUAUUUUGCAUAAUAUGGGACCUUUUUAACAUGCAUGAAUUCAAAUGGAUUGUUGCAUAAUACAUUUGAUGGACAUGCAGGUAAAAAGCAAAGUAAAAUGCACAUUCUCCGUGUUGUAGGAACCAACUAGCUGACUUCUGUGCGACUUUUAGUCCAGAUAAUGAUGAUGAAGAUUAUUGAAACUGAAUGUAUUAAAACUGUUUCUUAUACAUGACAUUAGGGAAGAAUUUAAUCAUACUGCUUUGAGGUGACGAUCUUUUUGUGCAGCCGAUAGAGCACAGCAGCGUCUACAGUAUGUGAUGCUGCUUUAUGAAGGAAAUAGUAGAAGUCAGGGUUCGGUGAUGGACCUGACUCUAAUUCUGGCAUCAUUAUCAAGGACGUGUAGAGAAAGAUAAUGUCUGCAAUUUUUAGCUUUUGAAUUGUCCUGGAAGGAUUAAACCACUGGCUGAGGUUCAGGAAAUUAUUGUGUUUUAAAACUAAUACUGAUAUAAUUUUAUAUUUUUGCACAAUGCACAUGUAUUUACCGCAAUUGCCACAGGUUUAGCUUUAGUCGUAGGCCUCCAUUGUUUUUUAAACUCCCUGGAAAAACAACCCAGUGAAAGUUUUCUUAUUUAACAGUAUAUAGUAUUUUUCAAAUAGUGGAAGCUUAUUAUUCUUAACAGGGGCAACAAGCCAGAAGAGAAGAUGUGGUGGCUGACAGGCAUUCCAGUGGUGUACAAACGACUUCAGUCAGAACAUAUUGAUGAUUUCAAAUAUUCAAAGACAUUAAAUAUUUCCAGCUGUUGCUUUUUAAAAGUAAAUCAACUGAAUAAUGCCCAUCAGACCUGAAUGCAGGACGAAAGUCACUUCUACCCAUGAGUCCCAGCGGCUAACAUGUAGCUGUGACAGUGAUGGUGGAAUGGAACCAUAGCAACAGCCAUGAUGACACAGUUUGUUAAAUUGAGGGGGUUUAUAUUAUAACCUAGAUAUCUAGUUGCAAUACCAAUCAACAUUUAUUUCUUUUUUGAUUUGUUUUGUAUCUAUAUAGAUUUUGUUUAAAAAGUCUCUUCAUUAGAGGCUGAGUUCAGAAUUUAUUUUAAUUAAUAAAUAAUGUUAUUGGGGAUUCCUCAUUGCUGAUGAUGCACACAGAUCAAGAACUUUAUCUUCAUUGUUUUCUUUAAAAUUAUGAAGGUAAUAAACUUCCUGUAGUGUGAUUUUGUCUUUAUAGUUACCAGAAUACUUUAUGACUGACAAAAUGUACUGAGAAAUUGUUCCAAAUAUUUGACUUAUUAAAUCUGUGCUUGAUUUUACAGACAUGUUUUAACCACCUACAGCUGUACAGCGUAACACUCAUUUUAUUUGAUCCUCUCUAAAUUUAAACAGUUCAAUUCAUAGUUCAGUGAUAGAUGUGGUUCUCCUUCCCCACGAGAUGAAGGUGAAGGUGUUUCCUUCCUCUCUCUCUCUACUGCUUGUGGCUGGAGGACUGCGAUGGCACCCAGUCACAUUACUAUUUCAUGUGGUUUGUCAGCUAACAGUUAAAUAAAG